AUGCGUUGUUCACCUGUGCUCUUGCUCGCCACUCUUGUGGCUGGCUCUGUGCGUCAGAAGGGCAAUCGAUGCGAGCUAUAUCCAGAAUCGCUGGAUCACGGUGGGAAGCCUGUGGAUGACGUGCCAUCCAUUCUCGAUGCUUUCAAGCGAUGCGGCAAAGAUGGCACAGUGGUGUUUACCAAGAACACUUUCAACAUCGGUAGCGUAAUGAACACGACGAAUCUGGUCAACUGUGACGUCGAGCUGCACGGCACCCUCAAAUACUCUACCGAUAUUGCCUAUUGGCGCCUCAAGUCCUACCCUGUCAUCUAUCAGAACCAUACGACGGCAUGGCUCUUUGGCGGCACCAAUGUCACAUUCAAGGGCGUGGAUGGAGGGCAUAUUGACGGCUCAGGCCAGGCUUGGUAUACAUUCAACAGAGGCAAAGGGAACAUGCCGGGACGUCCGAUUCAGAUAACUGUGUUCAAUUCCACGAAUGUCUGGAUGGACCAUCUGAGGAUUGUCCAACCCAUCUUCUGGGCGAGCUUUGUAUGGCAAAGCAAGAAUGUCUCCAUUGUGAACUACUACUCCAACGCCACGAGCACCGAUGGCAACAGCACCACCAACACGGACGGGUUCGAUUCCUGGAAUAGCGAGAACUUGCUCAUCCACAACGCCACCGUCCACACCGAUGAUGACUGCAUUGCCGUCAAGGGGAACACCACCAACAUGUUGAUCAAGAACGUCACCUGCAUUAAUGGGGCGGGCACGACAAUCGGCUCCAUCGGCCAGUACCCAGACAUGCCCGACUACGUCAGUAACAUCGUCUUUGAUAACAUCACAUGCAUCAGCACAUCGGGCUGUGCCUACAUCAAGACUUGGCAAGGCGACUAUCUCAACAAGACCACCAAUGGAGACGGGGGCGGUGGUGGCGGCGGACGUGUCAAGAAUGUGACCUUCCAGAACUACCGGUUCAAGAAUGUAGCCCUGCCCAUCCAGAUCAGCCAGUGUAUCUAUGCAGGUGAGGGAGGUCACGGGUGCAACACGUCCAAGCUGGCCAUCGAGGACGUUCGUUGGGUCAACUACACGGGCACCUCCCGAUACAACAUUGGCGCGUCAAUCUACUGCUCGGCCCUACAUCCUUGCCCUGGUAUCAAGUUUGAGAAUGUCAACAUCACUGGCAUCAACGCGACGCUAGGACUGCCUUACUGGAACACAAAAAUUCAGUACGAGGUGUUCCAGUGUGCCAACAUCCUUGGCCAGAAGUGCUCUGGGAUUGGCUGCAACCGCGUGGCUCCCGAGUUCUUUUCCCAGACAGUGCGCAAGAAUAUCCAGUAG